UAGCUUGGUUGUGGUUUCGAUCUCUUAUGUUAGAUAUAUUAUGGCGCUUGACCAUUUGCUGCAGUUUCAGGACCGAUACAGAAGAAGUCGUCAAUGAGCGACGAUUCGUCGUCAGAGAUGAUGGAGCUGGAGGAAAACGCUCUAGUAGCGGACCCGCACUUGGAGCAGAACCUGCGGCGCCUGCAGGAGGAGGAGAAGCUGCUGCUACAGCAGCAGGCGGCGCUCGAGGCCGGCAACAUGGAUGACUUUGCGGCCCUCGAGCACCAGGACGCUCUGCGUCUUAACCAGUUGCAACAGCAAGAGCUUCAGAAGAAGCAACAGGUGCAAGCGCAGCGAUUAGCGCUGCGCCAGGCGCAAAUGAACAACGCGCAGCCACCGGCGCACGACGCGCCCCAGCGUCGGGAGCCGACUAUGCGCCGCCGCACCACCUGCACCGUCCGCGUCAACAACCUGCAUGCUGCCGAAGCUAUAGAAACGGACGUCUGACCAUUGGAUAAGGCGAGCCAGCGCGACGAGAGCGGCGGCGCCGGCUGCGAGCACGCGCUUGCGCGCGCUGUGUGGCGCGGCCGGUUGCCCGCGCGCUCCCCGCCGCCCUGCCACGUGUGAGCGUCGCUCACACACGCCGACCCCUCGUGACCCACACGUCUCCUGGACCCAUCACCCGACACCAGUGUUGAACGUGAACUAUUAGGUGCUUCACUUUUAUCUCAAGCGAACCAUUAGGUAGUAAUAUAGCGCCGAAAUGUUUGAAAGUAAGCUUGAAAGCUUGCUGAAAAAUGAUAUACAUAUUAAGCUGCUAUGACUGGCUAUGUGCUACAUAUUAGUCAGGGAUAGCGGGAAGCGCGUUUUGCUCGUCGGCCCUGAUUGUAAAUACGAACAACUUCUAUGACACCUAAAAUGGUUCUUCGUGAAUAUAUCAAUAUGCCUAUAGAAGUAUUCGUUCUGUACAUGAACCUAAAGUAUCGCUUUCUGCUUAUCCAUAUAGUUAAUUUGUAAAUAGUAUAAGAUGGUAGCGGCUCGCGCGCCAUCCUCCUGAAUAUGGACAACCGAAAGUGAUGUCAUGGAGAGAAUCAUUCUGUGGAACUUCUCUCCUCUUAGAGGUCUAAAUUUGUACUUUAUAUGACUCAGUUUAAGACAAGACACAUUGAUUUGUUUGAUAAAAUCAGUGCUAGCUUCCGAGACAAUUCAAUAGUUGACUGUGAUGGCCUAAUCCGAAUAUUGGCCCUGGUAACCACUGGAGAUAACUUCAACCUAAAAAGUAAUCUUGUGUAUCUCCGGACGUAGUUGGCUAUCGGCGUUUUUAUAAUAAUUUAAAGGACAAAAUUAUAUG